AUGACAAUGGCAAAUGAACAGUCUAUCGGGUUCAAUUCUAAAGAGAUCAAGUAUUUCUUUAGCCUGUUGAUCUUGUCUCUCCAAUUGGAAGCUGGAGACCCAAGUGAAUCGGGAUUGUUUGGCAUAUUCAAACUCCAACUCCAUAACAACCUCUAUUGUUUCAAGGCAUCUCAUGCAAUAGUCAAGUUGAAUGGAUUGUCUUUGAACAUAAAGUCCGUUUAUAAGAACCUCUGUAUUUCAUGUUCUAUGGAUUUGGACUCCUGUCUAGCACUGCUGAACAUGUUCCUGAGAGCUAGGCUAAUUCAUUGUCCAAGAGAAAGAACACUGAUUUCCCUGGACGAAAAACACCUAAAUACCCUUUUACAACCUACUCCAAAAGGUUUGGAUAUCAUGUUCAUGUUCUGCAUUAAGCUGGGAAUCACCAUAGACCAAAUGCCCUCAGUGUUGAGAUCUCCGCUCAAUUCGAUGCAAUUGUUCUACUUUGAGAGGAAUAGCACUACGAACCGGCUGCUGGUGUCCAAGAGUCUCAUUAGGCUGAUCUUCAUAAAGCUGAUGGGUCCAGAACCCAACAUCUGGGAUCCUAUGACUACACUAGAACCGUCCGUCUCCUACGAAGAUAAACUGAGAAGGGCAAAACUGCUGCUGGGAAAUCGCCCUUUAGAUACGACAUUGGGCGAUAACAAAGUCUCUGGUAAAUCAGGAAAAAAGUCUAAUAAGCCUGGCAUUGAGUUGCAAGCAAAUUCUUGGGAUGAUUUUGAAUACAUGUUUGAAAAUACAAAGUCCAAAGAGAGCCAGACGCAUCACUCUCCUUUAGCACAUCGAUUUUUCAAUAACCCAAACAGUGAUUCCAACUCUCAAUAUUACGUUUCAUCAAAAGGAAUCAGACUUUUCAAGAACCAUAAAGUCGUAUAUUCAGGCCACAAAAAAUUGGUUGAAUAUUGUUUUCUAGGAAAAACUAUGGUUCAAUGGCUGAUAGAUUGUACUGACAUUCUAUUCAAGGAAGAAGCCCAAUCGAUUUGUGAAUAUUUCAUACAGGAAGGGCUUAUCCAGCAUGUCAAUAUCCUGUUUGGGUCGGUCUCUAGUUAUAACAGAGACUAUUCCAAAUUUCAUAUGGAUAUUGACGACUUGUACAUUUUAACCUCUGAAGGUUAUAGAAUCUUGGACUGGUGCUUUCAGGAGCCUAUAGAACCAAAUAUCCCCCUCGUUGACAUUCAAAAAGUUUUAAACGACCCAGCGUUUUUUUACCUGCUCAAGGUCCAUCUUACCGAAGAACUGUGCCUAGAAAUCCUAAUGGUUUACAUUGAAAUUGAAGGGGUCUUGGAGAAACUGCAACGGCUCUCACAGACCCAAGAUCAACCGACAUCACAUAAAUCGGUCAAUCAAUGUUCGGCCAUGAUAUUGAAUAUCUACUUGAAGUAUCUAGCACCUGACGCAGUUCACAACAUCAAUAUUGAUCAUGCUACUAGGAAUAGAGUGACGCAACUCAUACAUGAGCUGAUCCGCAAUCACACCACAGAAAGUUUCAAAUAUGUAACCAAUACCAACGUUCUAAUCAAUUCAGUUGAGAUCUCCCUCAAAGAAAUCAAAAACAAGAUGAGCCAAAACUUGACCGAAGUACCCAGAUAUGAAGACGAGAACGAAUACGAAGUGGAGGGACUGGACCAAAACGAUAGCUCUUUGGUUCUGGAUCAAGUAAGAGAAGUUUUUAACGAAAUCAAGGGCAAAAUGUACACCUUGAUGCAAAAGGAUGUACUAAUUAAAUUGGUAAACUCAGCCCAGUUUCGAAAGAGAUACUGCCAAAUAGCGACAUGA